AUGAGAGAACUUCCUCCAUUGCAACUCGACGGCAUUGAGGCUGAGAUGACGCCCAACAACGCUCAAGCCGAUGCUUCGAGGCAGUCUGACGAAGGGACAAGCCAAUCCACAUUCCGACCUCGCUCUAAGAAUCAGAAGCAACGCCGCCGAGUCAGAUACCGCUUCCUUACUCCUUCGGAAUGGGCCAUCGUCGCCCACGGCAUCGGUGGCGUCAACGACACGGAAGGCCAUAUCGCUCUCCAUCCGUCUUGUUGGUACUACCCGCCCAAAGGCAUCCCCAACGGCCUCUACCGGGACGUCAUCUGGCAUCGAACCAAGUACUUCUACAUGUACCAUGGCAUGAGCUCUAUUCGCUGGGUUUCGUACAUCCUGCAAAUCAUCUUUGGGGCGAUCCUCACCGCAAUCGGCUCCAUGUCGUAUAAGGACGGCACUCCCAUCACCAUCAUCGCGGCUGCAAACACUAUAAAUGCUGGCAUCCUCGCACUCUUGCACAACAGUGGUUUGCCCGACCGUUAUCGCUCUGAUCAAGCCGAGUUUGACGAGGUCGAAGACCACCUCAAGAAGAUACUUGACACCGGAAUUGUCCCCGAGGAUAUGUCUGUCGACCAGGCGCUCAUCCAUUGCUUUGAUCUGUACCAGGAGGCCAAGAAGACCGUCUCGGCAAAUAUUCCGGCAACUUACACACCGAGUUCGGUCCUUACAGGCGGACCGCAAGGCGGUGAAUCGCAGAAGCCAGGCACGCCUGGGCCGGCGACACCGAAUGCAGCCAACUCGGUCAUUGCCACCAGACUUUCGGUGGCUGUUCCCCCGACUACCACUGAAGAGAAGUAA